CCUGCCCGGAGAGUGUGUGCCUUAGGAGCGCGAGGUAUAGGCUGGCGAGGGUCUUCUGCAGGGCAAGAAGUCAGCGUCACCAGGCACCAAGAGGAAGACUGUUGAGCCUUGGAGAGGUGUGCUGUGAACCCCGCAUCAACUCAGCUGUCAACUGAUUUUUACUGUCUGUCUACUUCGUGCCGCGCUGGCAGGGCUGAGGAACAAUGGAAAGGAUGCCACCCAAGCGUAUAGCUAAGAGAAGGUCACCUCCAGAGGAUGCUCUCCCCAAAAGCAAGAAGGUGAAGGACCCUCGUAACCAGGCAGUGAGGGCCGCUGCCUCCCGUCGUGUUCCAGGUGCCCACGGGCCGAGCCCUCCUGACCAGAAAACCCGACCAGUCUCACAUAGGUCCCACAGCACAGAACCAGGCAUGGUGCUGACACUGGGCCAGGGCGAUGUGGGCCAGCUGGGGCUGGGCGAGAAUGUGAUGGAAAGGAAGAAGCCAGCCCUGGUGCCCAUUCCGGAGGACAUUGUGCAGGCUGAGGCUGGGGGCAUGCAUACCGUGUGUCUAAGCAAAAGCGGCCAGGUCUACUCCUUCGGCUGCAAUGAUGAGGGUGCCCUGGGAAGGGACACAUCAGUAGAGGGCUCAGAGAUGGUUCCCGGGAAAGUGGAACUACAAGAGAAAGUGGUACAGGUGUCGGCAGGAGACAGUCACACAGCAGCCCUCACUGAGGAUGGCCGAGUUUUCCUCUGGGGCUCCUUCAGGGACAAUAAUGGUGUGAUUGGACUCUUGGAGCCCAUGAAGAAGAGCAUGGUACCUGUGCAAGUGCAGCUGACAAUGCCUGUAGUGAAGGUGGCCUCAGGAAAUGACCACUUGGUGAUGCUGACAGCUGAUGGUGACCUCUACACUUUGGGCUGCGGGGAGCAGGGCCAGCUGGGCCGUGUGCCUGAAUUAUUUGCCAACCGUGGUGGCCGGCAGGGCCUUGAACGACUCUUGGUCCCCAAGUGUGUGAUGCUGAAAUCCAGAGGAAGCCGGGGUCACGUGAGAUUCCAGGAUGCCUUCUGUGGUGCCUACUUCACUUUUGCCAUCUCCUGCGAGGGUCAUGUAUAUGGAUUUGGCCUCUCCAACUAUCAUCAGCUUGGAACCCCAGGCACAGAAUCUUGCUUUGUACCCCAAAACUUGACAUCCUUCAAGAACUCUACCAAGUCCUGGGUGGGCUUCUCUGGUGGCCAGCAUCAUACAGUCUGCAUGGAUUCAGAAGGAAAAGCAUACAGCCUGGGUCGCGCUGAGUAUGGGCGGCUGGGCCUUGGGGAGGGUGCUGAGGAGAAGAGCAUACCCACCCUCAUCUCCAGGCUCCCUGCUGUUUCCUCAGUAGCUUGUGGGGCCUCCGUAGGGUAUGCCGUGACCAAGGAUGGUCGUGUUUUUGCCUGGGGCAUGGGCACCAACUACCAGCUGGGCACGGGGCAGGAAGAGGAUGCCUGGAGCCCUGUGGAGAUGACAGGCAAACAGCUGGAGAACCGUGUGGUCUUAUCUGUGUCCAGUGGUGGCCAGCACACAGUCUUACUAGUCAAGGACAAGGAACAGAGCUGAUGAAGCCUCUGCGGGCCUGGCUCCCGCCACCCACCCCCCCUCCUGGAACUGGGAAGCUAUGACUAUAGAUUCCAGCAGGCCUCCCCCAGCCCUGAGUACUCUGUCAUCUGCCUUUUUCCUAUCAGCAGAACAGAAUCCUUUCCCUCUUUUCUGUCCUCCUUUCCUGAGUCAUCCUACAGUCUACAGGAUGAAGGGGGAGGGGGGAAAUGAAAAAGGGGAGGGGGUUUUGGCAGCUGGAACAUUGCUCGCCCCAGAGUUAUGUGGUUAGACCUUUCCCCCUCAUCCCUACCUCCCAUGGUCCUGGCUGACCCUGGUUUUGCCUGCCAAAAACCAAAAAUUCCUCCCCUGGGGAUUUGGUGCCCACAUUCUGAGAGGUUGGGGGCUCAUCAAGCCCUACUGUAGCCAUGUGCCACCCUCUGUCCUUCACAAUCCACAGGCAGACAAAUGGUAUGGUGGUCAGACCCAGCUGUCAUGGACUUAUGCCUGGGGGAAACUGGAGACUGGGCAGGGCUGCCCAGCCUUGGGCAACUCCAAGCCAAAUAUUUGGCCCUCAACAGAUGUCCACGGGGAAGAAAAAACAAUGAUCCUUCACUUGGUCAAGAAAAAAGCCAAUCAGCCUUUCUCCCAGAAGCACAAAACAUUCUGCCCUUCAGGCAUUGCCUGAGAAUUCUGCCCAUCCAACAUGCCUUACCUGCAGCCAAGGGCCUGAAAUCUGGAAAGGAAGCUACAUCUGCAGGGCAGGACAUGGGGGGAGUGGGGAAGGAGGGAUUUAUAAACAAAUUUAAAGCAAUACUGAGAGUGAAGGGAGGGAGGGGAAAGGGGGCAGAGGCUUGUGCCCAGAAAGGGAAGCAGCAGCUUGUACAGUGGCUGAGGAAAUAGAAAACAGUUUUGAUUUUUUUUUUUUAAUGUAAAGUAUUUUGGAGGGGAGAGUGAACUCUUUUAACACUUUGAAUAAAUUUAGAGUUUUAUAAAACAGGCCACUUGUUUUCUACAUACUCCCUGCUUUUUUUAAGGGAGCACCUGUGUUGGGAAGAGCAGAAUAAACCCACACCUAAGCACCUGGUCAAGGCUAGGACUUAAGUGACAUCAUGAUGUCCUAGAAUAUGCUAGUCAGCUGUUGGUGUGGCUGUUUCAUACAAAUCAAAAAAGAAAAAGAGGUGAUUGAUUUUUGCUUAGGUAUUUAUGUUUCAGGAAUCACUGGAUUUUUUUAAAAUUAUGCUGCAUAAUGUAAGAGACAUGGAAUGGAUCUUUUAAUAUCCUAAUCCCAAACCAAGAUUUGAGUACAGUGCAUACCUAUAGAUACUUAUGCUAAAGCUUGCUGUUGUAUCAUUUUUAACAGCUGACGUCAUUGAUUAAACAUGAUUAACUGCACAAUAACUCUUAAGACAACUUGUAUGUAUUAAUGUAGAUUUUCCCAGGUAUUUAAGCAACCAAAUCAUACAGCCGACCUAAUAUGGUAGUCACUAGCUACACGUGGCUAUUUACAUUUAAAUCAAAAGUUGUAAAAAUUUAAAAUUCCUUGGUUGCACUAGCCACAUUUCAAGUCCUCAGUACUAUAUGGCUAGUAUUGGGCUAUGCAAACAGAACAUUUUUAUAAUGAACAAUGCUGAUAUAGAAGGUCUGUUAUAUGUAUAACGGGAAAUUUUUAUUAUUGCCAGAAGGAUUCUUUUUGGAUGUUAGUAACUUGAAAAAUGAAUAUGAUGUAAAAUAAAAUGUAUUCUGUGAUU